AUGGCUCCGUGGUUACUAUCGGCCGCUGUGACUCUGUUGCAGCUGUUGCCUGAGACAGCAGUCGCUCAGGAUGUCGCUUCGCCCUUCACAAAGGCUUCCAAUGAUUCGCUUCUUUGGGGUCCUUACCGUCCAAACUUGUACUUUGGUGUAAGACCGAGACUGCCAAAGAGUGUGCUUACCGGCUUGCUGUGGGCCAAGGUUGAAGACUUUGCCUCUGUCCAGAACAAUUUCCGAUACACAUGCGAGCAACACGAGGGCAUGGCCGGCUACGGCUGGGAUGCAUACGACCCGAGAACUGGUGGUUCGCAAACCAUUCACGAUGCUGGAAACCAAAUUGAUGUCACAACCGACUUCGUCAAGUUCCCCGACCAUGGCUCUAAUGGAGGAUCUUGGGGUGCAAGAAUCAGGGGCGUACCAAGAGAAGACGCUUCAGACGACCUCAAAACUACCAUGAUCUUCAACAUUGCUGUCGAAGGAUUGGGAAGCUUGGUCGUUGAUAACGCAGAAGAGGAAGACAACGAAAAUGGUUUCGAUGGAGACGUUGUCAUCACUGGAGAAACUCCUGAGUUGGGUACCUUCACUGUUACAAUCGUUGAUCGCAAGGGAGAGAAACCCAACCAUGUCCAUCCUUCGUUCCAGGAAAAGCCCAUCGACAGGACUUUGGUGCACAGUGUGCAGAUCCCUGAGGCUGCCUUGUGGCAGGCCAAGCCCGUUCUCUUCUCCUCGAUGAAGAAUAGUCUCGACAAGUACAUCGAAACUUACACCGCCGAAGCCAUGCCUCCCCCAAUGCAAGCUUUCACCAUCCCCAAUGCACCCGGCGCUGGUAACAUGCAUUUCGUGCAGAAGGUCUUCGAAGGCGCAUUCGAGUUCGACGUCAUCUUCUCCUCUGGUUCCGGUCCCAAGCCUAUCCAAUCAGCAGAUCUGUCUGAGAAGAUCGAUGCAACCAUCAAAUCCUUUUCCGAGCGCUUCAUCCAAUCCUUCAAGCCGCAGAAACCUUUCAAUGACAAGAAAUACACCGGUCUUGCCAAGUCGCUCUUCUCCAACCUGAUCGGAGGCAUUGGUUAUUUCCACGGUGAUUCGGUCGUGGAUCGUUCAUAUGCACCCGAGUACGAGGAGGAGAACGAAGGAUUCUGGCAAGAGACUGCUGAAGCAAGAGCAAGGAACCAACAGAAACUGGAGGGUCCAUACGAGCUCUUUACUGGUACUCCCUCAAGACCCUUCUUCCCUCGUGGUUUCCUCUGGGACGAGGGUUUCCACUUGCUCCCCAUUAUUGAUUGGGACGUCGAUCUCACCCUGCAGAUCAUCAAGAGUUGGUUUAAUUUGAUGGAUGACGAUGGCUGGAUUGGCCGUGAACAGAUUCUCGGACCCGAGGCUCGCAGCAAGGUUCCUCAGGAGUUCCAGACUCAAUACCCUCACUACGCCAACCCUCCUACUCUCUUCUUCGUCAUCCACUCUUUCCUGGACAAGAUUGCUGCUGCAAAGUCUGGCCAACAGAUUCUUGGCUCGGAGAACGCUAACGGUGUUCUCGCCAACCCUGAUGCUGCUCUGCAAUACCUUCGUGAUCUUUAUCCUCUUCUCAAGAAGCACUACGAAUGGUUCCGCAAGACUCAAGCUGGUGACCUCAAAUCAUACGAUCGUCCUGCUUUCUCGAAGAAGGAAGGCUAUCGCUGGAGGGGAAGCACAAAGACCCAUCUCCUGACCUCAGGUCUCGAUGACUACCCUCGUCCUCAACCUCCUCAUCCUGGUGAGCUGCACGUCGACUUGAUGUCCUGGAUGGGCAUGAUGACCCGUGCCAUGAAGCGCAUCGCAACGACUCUUACCGAAACCGACGAUGCAUCGACCUACGCAAAGAUCGAGAAUGCCAUCAUUCGCAACCUUGACGACCUGCACUGGUCUGCUGACGAGCAAGCAUACUGCGAUGCUACAGUUGAUGAGUACGAAGAGCAUGCUCUUGUCUGCCACAAGGGCUACAUCUCACUCUCACCGUUCUUCGCUGGUCUAUUGGCACCGGACCACCCUCAUCUGGGUGAAGUCCUUGACCUCAUCAGCUCACCUGAGCAUCUCUGGUCGCCUCAUGGCAUCCGCUCCCUUUCACAGCAAGAUGCCCUUUACGGUACUGAGGAGAACUACUGGCGUUCGCCCGUCUGGCUUCCCAUCAACUACCUCGUCGUCAAGGAACUACUCAACACAGCUUCUGCCACUGGACCUCACCAGAAGCGUGCCGCCAAGAUGUACACCGAGCUGCGCAAGAACCUUGUGGAUACAGUGUACAAGUCAUGGGAGAAGACUGGAUUUGCUUGGGAGCAAUAUAACCCAGAAACUGGAGAGGGACAGCGUACCCAGCAUUUCACUGGCUGGACUAGUCUGGUUGUUAAGAUCAUGGCUAUGCCUGAGGUGCCGAGUGUCAAGGCAGGAAGUGGACAUGAUGAGCUGUAG